GGUUGUCGAUAUGUAAGAAUAAGGCUGUGUGGCUCUUGUUGUAUGGUUGCGAGUUCCAUGGCUCUCUUUCUGCCAGCACUCUCAGCCUGUGCACCUGCUGUCCGAGCGAAUGGCAGACACAUGCGGUAUGCUGCCGUUGCUCCACACAGCAGCAGCAGCAGCAGCCGCGGUGUGGACUGGGUGAAGUCCACUGACGCUGAGUACUUCCAGGAGGACACCAGACCCAUUAUGCUCUUUGAUGGAGUGUGUAAUCUAUGCAAUGGAGGUGUUCGGUUUGUCCGUGACAACGAUCACAAUAGGAGGAUCAGGUAUGAAGCUUUGCAGAGUGAGUCCGGGAAGAAGCUCCUGAGACGGUCUGGUAGGUCUCCUGAUGAUAUUUCCAGCGUCGUGCUGGUUGAGAAAGACAAAUCAUAUAUCAAAUCGGAAGCAGUGCUGAAGAUUAUGGAGUACCUUCAGGUUCCAUUCCCCCAGUUCGCCCUCUUCUUCAGAUUGGUACCUUUGUUCAUCAGAGACAUUGCUUAUGACAACGUGGCCAACAAUCGCUACACACUGUUUGGCAGGUCGGACACAGAUUCAUGUCAGAUAUAGAGCUUGCUUUGUAUUUCCAUUAUUGUUAUUUGUUACUAGUUACUGGUUAGUUCCCUAAUAAUCCACUUUUAUGACAAGUCAUUACCUCUCA